AUGGUCGUCAAGGUCGGUAUCAACGGCUUCGGUCGUAUUGGCAGGAUCGUCUUCCGCAAUGCCAUCGAGCACGACGACGUUAUCAUCACCGCCGUCAACGACCCCUUCAUUGAGCCGCACUAUGCUGUAAGCGACCCUCAGAUACCCCCAAUUGAGCAACGGCCGGUAGCUGGACAGGCCUGCGCUGCGUACAUGCUCAAGUACGACAGCACCCACGGCCAGUUCAAGGGCGACAUCUCGGUUGAUGGAAACAACCUUGUCGUGAACGGCAAGACGGUCAAGUUUUACAUGGAGAAGGACCCGGCCAACAUCCCGUGGAGCGAGACCGGCGCAUACUACGUUGUUGAGUCCACCGGUGUCUUCACCACCACUGAGAAGGCCAAGGCCCACCUGAAGGGCGGUGCCAAGAAGGUCGUCAUCUCCGCUCCCUCGGCUGACGCUCCCAUGUUCGUCAUGGGCGUCAACCACGAGUCUUACAAGUCGGACAUCGAGGUGCUCUCCAACGCUUCCUGCACGACCAACUGCUUGGCCCCUCUCGCCAAGGUCAUCCAUGACAAGUUCACCAUCGUUGAGGGUUUGAUGACCACCAUCCACUCCUACACUGCGACUCAGAAGGUCGUCGAUGGCCCGUCCGCCAAGGACUGGCGCGGUGGCCGCACUGCUGCUCAGAACAUCAUUCCCAGCAGCACCGGUGCCGCAAAGGCUGUCGGCAAGGUCAUUCCCGACCUGAACGGCAAGCUCACCGGCAUGGCUAUGCGUGUGCCAACCGCAAACGUCUCCGUCGUUGACCUGACCUGCCGCAUUGAGAAGGGCGCGACCUACGACGAGAUCAAGGCCGCCGUUAAGGAGGCUUCCGAGGGUUCUCUCAAGGGCAUUCUUGGAUACACUGAGGACGACAUCGUCUCCACUGACCUGAACGGUGACAACCGCUCUUCAAUCUUCGACGCCAAGGCCGGUAUUUCCCUGAACAAGAACUUCGUCAAGCUCGUCUCGUGGUACGACAAUGAGUGGGGCUACUCCCGCCGUGUGCUCGACCUUCUGGUCUACAUUGCCAAGGUCGAUGGCAAUGCUUAG